AACCGGCUCAUAUAUUUUUGCAGCAAUCAGAUUCUUUGUCGUGUGCGUAGACCGUCACUAUCUUCCCGUUGUUGUUGCACCAAUUUCUCUGUUGUUUUUGUGUUCUCCGUUAGUUACUGCAACUAACUUUUACUUCGUCACACUAGUGCUGCCUUAUCAAUCGAAAUACCCCCCCAACGAAUCGAAGAUGUCCCAACCGAACGCUGAAUACUGCGGCUACCGGUCCCCGCUGAGCACCCGCUAUGCGAGCCCGGAGAUGCAGUUCCUGUUCAGCGAGCAGCACAAGUUCUCGACCUGGCGCAAGCUCUGGAUCAUCCUGGCCAAGGCUCAGAAGGAGCUCGGCCUGGACGUUACGGAUGCGCAGCUCGCCGAAAUGGAGGCGCACGUCUCGGACGUGGACUUUAAGGCGGCGGCCGCCGAAGAGAAGCUGACCCGGCACGACGUGAUGGCCCACGUGCACGUGUUUGCCAAGCAGUGUCCGACGGCGGCGCCGAUCAUCCAUCUGGGCGCGACUUCGUGCUACGUCGGCGACAACACCGACCUGCUGAUCCUGAAGGGUGGCCUCGAGUUGCUGCUGCCGAAGCUGGUCGGCGUGAUCAAGCGACUGUCGGAGUUCUCCGUUGAGUAUCGGGAGUUGCCGACGCUUGGGUUUACCCAUCUGCAGCCGGCCCAGCUGACCACGGUAGGGAAGCGGUGCACGCUGUGGGUUCAAGAUCUGCUGAUGGACGAACGGGCGUUGCGUGGCUGCCGGGACAAUUUGCGGUUCCGCGGCGUUAAGGGAACCACCGGAACGCAAGCCUCUUUCCUGCAGCUGUUUGCCGGCGAUGGUGAAAAGGUGAAAGCCUUGGACCAGAAGGUCACUGAGUUGGCUUGUUUCGGGAAGUGUUACGCCGUCACCGGUCAGACGUACUCGCGAAAGGUCGAUCUUGAAAUCGUGUCCGCGUUGGCCAGUCUCGGCGCGACCAUCCACAAACUAUGCUCGGAUCUGCGUCUGCUGGCGUCCCGCAAAGAACUGGAGGAACCGUUCGAGAGUACCCAAAUCGGCAGCUCGGCAAUGGCGUACAAGCGCAACCCGAUGCGAUCGGAGCGGUGCUGUGCGAUUGCGCGCCACCUCAUCACCCUGCACGCCAACGCGGCCAACACGCUGGCCGUCCAGUGGAUGGAACGAACCCUGGACGAUUCCGCCAACCGGCGGUUGACCCUUUCGGAAGCAUUCCUAUCGGCGGACGCCUGUCUCAUGACGCUGCUCAACAUUUCGCAAGGGUUGGUGGUGUACCCGAAGGUCAUCGAGCGCAACAUUGCCCAGGAGUUGCCGUUCAUGGCGACCGAGAACGUGAUUAUGGCCAUGGUGCAAGCCGGUGGUGAUCGGCAGGUGUGCCACGAGAAGAUUCGCGUGCUGUCGCAUGAGGCGGGUGCCCAGGUCAAGCAGCACGGUCGGGAUAACGAUCUGAUUGAGCGUAUCCGCGGGGACGCGUACUUUGCGCCGAUUUUGGGUGAUUUGGACAAGAUUUUAGACCCGAAGACGUUUACUGGGCGAGCUGCGGAUCAGGUGGUGGAGUUUGUACGAGAUGAGGUGGAACCGGUGCUGGUCAAGUAUGCCGGAAAUAUAGAAACUGGAUCCGUUGGGUUGGCUAUUUAGGAUGGGUUUGCUUUCAAAUGAAUCGUGUUUUAUGAAAUAAAGAGCCUUUUAAUUUUGCUUAUGAAGCAUGUAAA